CCACACAAAAAUAGUGAUACUGCGAAUAAAAAAUAAGAAAAACAUACAUUACCUAUUGAACAGUGACCGGAGUAGCUUUUCAAAGCUAAACACAAAGAAGAAAUAAAAAAAGUUGUUAAACAAUUGAACAAAAAAAAGGAAGAUUCAAGAACAUUGAUCUUUGUAUUCCUAUCUAUAGAAAAAUAUCUAAUUUAUAAAACGUAAAAUUAAUAAAAAUCUUUUAAGAAAAAUGUCAGCAGAAAAUGUUAAAUACUACAAACGCAGUGAAGUGGCCGAACACAACAGCAAGGAAAAUAAUUGGUUCGUAAUUCACAACAACGUGUAUGACGUGACCGCUUUUCUUAACGAGCACCCUGGUGGUGAGGAGGUCUUAAUGGAACAAGCCGGCAAAGACGCUACAGAAAAUUUCGAAGAUGUUGGUCACAGUUCCGAUGCCCGUGAAAUGAUGAAACAAUAUAAAAUUGGUGAAUUGGUGCCUGAAGAACGUACAAAUAUCCCCGAAAAGUCUGAACCCACCUGGAAUAGUGAUCAAAAAACCGAAGAAACCUCCAUGAAAUCCUGGUUGAUGCCCUUCAUUUUGGGUUUAAUUGCCACUUUGAUCUACAAAUAUUUCUUUGGCAGCAAAUCGCAAUAAUUUUAAACAAACACAAAAA